UAUUAAGUUUAUCAUUAUUUUUUGUUACGGGAGCAUAAGGCAUUAAGUAUUCGACCAACGUUAUGAUAGGUAGGUUACCGAUUACAAUGUAUGAUUCAUAUCACUAAUGAAGGGCAACAAUACGUGGCAACCAGGUAAAUUAUCGCAACGCUUUAUCUGUUCGUAUCACGCUUUCAUGCCUAGAGUGACUCAGUUGUUCCUACUAUCGCAAUGUUAGUUUCGUUAUUAGUUUUAAAUUUAAUAUUAGCUGUAAUAAUUAAACUGUAUUGCAAGUUAACAUGUGGGAUAUGUAGAUGUAGCAGACAUUUAGUGGGUAGAGUAGUUGUAGUGACUGGAGGGAAUUCUGGAAUUGGAUAUGAGACGGCGAAGAACAUGGCGGAGAGAGGGGCGCGGGUCAUCCUGGCCUGCCGGAGCGAGACCCGGGGCACCGCAGCCCGCGACCAGAUCGUGCAGGCCACCGGUAACACCGACGUACACUUCCGAAGAUUAGACCUGGCGUCCUUCGCCUCCGUCCGAGCAUUCGCGGACAUGAUUCUCAAAACGGAAAAACGCCUCGACAUCCUCAUCAAUAACGCCGGCAUAUUCCAAUCCAAAAACGAAAAAACAGAAGAUGGACUACUCCUUUGCAUGCAGGUCAACCACUUCGGACCAUUCCUCCUGACCUCUUUACUGCUCCCCUUACUGAAAUCCUCUGCUCCCAGCCGCAUAAUAAACGUAUCAUCAAUGGCUUAUCAACGCGGCCAAAUUGAUUUCGACAAUUUAAACUUGGAAAAGGGCACAGAGUUCCAACGACACCAAAUGUAUAGCAAUUCAAAAUUGUGUAACGUGCUAAUAACGACUGAACUGGAGCGACGUCUUAAAGGCACUGGCGUGACGGUAAAUUGUUUACAUCCAGGAUUUGUGAAGACGAACAUCGUUGACGUGUCGAAAGGAUGGACAAAAUAUUUGGCUGUGCCAGCAAAACUAGUGGUAAAAAAUGCGUGGGAAGGAGCUCAGACCAGUAUAUAUCUAGCCGUAUCGCCCGACGUGGCCGAAGUUAGCGGGCGAUACUUCAGGGACUGUUUCGAAGUAAGCAUAAACAAGCUGGCUCAGGACGCGGAGAUAGCUCGUAAACUGUGGGAAGUAUCGGAAAAACUUACCGCAUUAAAAUAAACAUUUGUUUCUAGUACUAAGAUUUUUUAAAUAUAUUUGUAUUUUUUGGUA